AUGGCUUCUCAACCAAUUCCGCAACCACCCGGUGUGCCCAUUCUUGGGAACAUCUUUGACAUAGACCCGAAUAACACUUGGGUCUCGCUCAAGACUCUGGCGGACAAGUAUGGCGAGAUAUUCAAGAUCAAAGCUCUUGGACAUCAGAUCGUCUUCAUCUGCUCCGCUUCUCUCCUCGAAGAGGUCUGCGAUGAGACACGUUUUCGGAAAUGCGUCACCGGUCCUAUUGUGGAAAUUCGAUAUUCCGUCAAUGAUUCCCUCUUCACCGCGUACGACCAUGAACCCAGCUGGGGUAUCGCGCAUAGAAUCAUGGCGCCGGGGCUUUCCACAUCGGCGAUCCGAGGACAGGUUCCAAUCAUGCAAGAGGUUGCGGAACAGCUAACGGCGAAAUGGGCGGGCUCUGAGGAAAUGCCGGAAGGCGGUCGUCAGUUCAGCGUCGUGGAUGGCCUCCGGCGAUUGAAUAUUCAGUCCACCGUCAAGUGCCUCUUCAGUCAAGAUAUCUCCUGCUUAGAGGGAGUAGAGCCUCCCGUCAUCGGCGCGAUGGAAGGUGCGACUCAAGAGGCGGUAAAGCGUCCCACAAGGCCGAAACUACUAAACUCUUUGCUGUAUCAGCGAAAGUUCGAGGCGUACACGAAAACAAUGCGAGAUUUUGCGGCCGAGAUUGUGCUUAAGCGGCAGUCCCAACAUACCACUGGGGACAUGCUCGACGCUUUGCUGCAUAGAAAGGACCCAGAAACGGGCAAAGGCCUUACUGAACGGGAGAUCAUUGACGAGAUUGUGUCCUUACUAAUCGGCAGCGUCACCGCUCCUAACUUUCUCGCAUUCGCCCUCUACUACCUCCUAAGGAACCCGCGAGAGCUCAAAAUUGCACAGGAGGAAAUCGACUCGGUCUUUCCCAACGGCGAGCGGAUGACCCAUGAGCAUUUCGCACGGUUGCCGUACUGCGAAGCCAUCCUUCGAGAAUCGAUGCGUCUGUCGACGCCAGCUCCGGGGUUCAACAUCGAGCCUCUGCCGUCCGAACACAACAGAGGCCCAAUCCAGCUGGCAGGCGGAAAGUACGAGAUCCCGGCGAACCAGCCGAUGAUCUCGGUUCUCGCCGCUGUCAACCGGGAUCCAGUCGUGUUUGCUGACCCCGAGGUAUUCCGACCCGAGCGAAUGCUCGGGGUCGCGUACGGAAGGAUCCCUGAAGGGGUGAAGAAAGGAUUCGGGAACGGGAAGCGGCAAUGCAUCGGGAAGUCGUACGCUUGGCAGUGGUCGGUCGUGACGUUGGUCACCAUUCUGAGAGACGUCGAUCUGAAUAUCGCGGAUCCUGGCUACCAACUGAAGAUGGAUGGUGCGUUUAGUUUGAAACCAGUGGGCUUCUUUGCAGUGGCUUCCCACAGAGCGAGGGCGCCUCGAUUGACCUAACUGCGCUGUACCUGGUUUCAAAAGGUAAUCACUGGUGGCUGAAUCAGUGCGAUCAAAUGCUUGGAAGUCUAAAUUGUAUCGAUGACCCCUGCUUUCAGCAAUACCUAGGCAAGCGAAUUUCUUCGGUUCAUAAUGCAAAGGCUGAAGGGAACUUAAUCUAAGGACAGUUGAUGGGAACGACACAAAAUACGCCGUGCUUAUGAGAACUGUACACGCAACAGAAGAUAUCAUUGGAAACAACUUCCCAAGGCCGAAAGCGCCACGUUUCCACUCGCUGCAACUGUCUAUAAAGGCAGUGGACUAGACAGUUUUGAUGUGAUGCUCGACUUCAUUAGAAAAGAUGAACAAGAACUGGAUAGACAGAACGAGC